AGCCAAGGCGGCCGCCUGCCCUUAAAGGGCUCGCUCCCCCGAAACCCACGCCGCGCGGGGGACUGUAGCCACCACCUCGCACGCCCCUCACCCUCGGACACUCCUCCCUCGCGCCCGCCCCCGCCGCCCUCUCCCCUCCCUCCGCCCCCCUCCCCAUUCCCGGCGUCUCCUAGCUCCCGGCAACCAGCCGCCCCUAGCCCGCGGGGCCCCGGCCGGCGGCGGCCGGGUCUCCGGGCCGCGUUCAGCCCCUCGGGCGCCGGCCCCUUCCUCGGCCCCGGCCCCGGCCCUCCCUCCCGUCCCUUCCCCGCCGCCCUCUCGGCUCCCGGGCCCCUGGGAGCGUCUCCGCGGCUCCUGGGAGGGGACCGGUCCUAAUCUCAGGCCGGGGUUAAAGUUCUGGUCUGGGUGAGAUGCUGGAAGCUGCGGCCAGAGCCGCAACCCGUCCCGGAGGUGCCCAGUGGCCUGUCGCCGCCGCCGCCGCCGCCGCCGCCGCCGCUCCCGCCGCCACUGCCGCCCUGCCGGGGCCAUGUUCGCUCUGGGUUGGUCCUUCUUGGCGCUCUGGGUGGCUGCUGUGGACGGCCAUCUGGGGGUCCUGGGGCCCAAGAACGUCUCGCAGAAAGAUGCCGAGUUCGAGCGCAUCUACAAGGACGAGGUCAACAGCGAGCUGGUCAACAUCUACACCUUCAACCACACCGUGACCCGAAACCGGACGGAGGGCGUGCGUGUGUCCGUGAAUGUGCUCAACAAGGAGAAGGGGGCUCCUUUGCUGUUCGUGGUCCGCCAGAAGGAGGCUGUGGUGUCCUUCCAGGUGCCCCUAAUCCUGCGAGGGCUGUAUCAGCGCAAGUACCUCUACCAAAAGGUAGAACGAACGCUGUGUCAGCCCCCCACCAAGAAUGAGUCCGAGGUCCAGUUCUUCUACGUGGAUGUGUCCACCCUAUCACCGGUCAACACCACAUACCAACUCAGAGUCAGCCGAAUGGACGACUUCGUCCUCAGGACUGGAGAACAGUUUAGCUUCAAUACCACAGCAGCGCAGCCCCAGUACUUCAAGUAUGAGUUUCCGGAGGGAGUGGACUCAGUGAUUGUCAAGGUGACCUCCAAGAAGGCCUUCCCCUGCUCGGUCAUCUCCAUCCAGGAUGUCCUGUGCCCUGUCUAUGACCUGGACAACAAUGUAGCCUUCAUCGGCAUGUACCAGACCAUGACCAAGAAGGCAGCCAUCACUGUGCAGCGGAAAGACUUCCCCAGCAACAGCUUUUACGUGGUGGUGGUGGUGAAGACAGAAGACCAGGCCUGUGGUGGUGCCUUGCCUUUCUACCCAUUUGUGGAAGAUGAACCGGUUGAUCAAGGGCACCGCCAGAAAACCCUGUCAGUGCUGGUAUCUCGAGCAGUCACAUCCGAGGCCUACGUUGGUGGUAUGCUCUUUUGCCUGGGCAUAUUUCUCUCCUUCUACCUGCUGACCAUCCUCUUGGCCUGUUGGGAGAACUGGAGGCAGAAGAAGAAGACCCUUCUAGUGGCCAUGGACCGAGCCUGCCCAGAAAGCGGGCACCCACGGAUCUUGGCCAACUCCUUCCCUGGCAGCCCCCCUUAUGAGGGUUACAACUAUGGCUCCUUUGAGAACUGUUCCGGAUCUACAGAUCGGCUGAUUGACAGCACAGGGGACCUCUCCUACACUUACCAGGAACGCUCCCUUGACCCGGUGGGCACUCGGCCACGACUGGACUCCAUGAGCUCUGUGGAGGAGGAUGACUACGACACGCUGACUGACAUUGACUCGGAUAAGAAUGUCAUCCGCACCAAGCAAUACCUCUAUGUCGCCGACCUGGCCCGCAAGGACAAGCGUGUCUUGCGGAAAAAGUACCAGAUCUACUUCUGGAACAUCGCCACCAUUGCGGUCUUCUACGCCCUUCCCGUGGUGCAGCUGGUGAUCACCUAUCAGACGGUGGUGAAUGUCACAGGAAAUCAGGACAUCUGCUACUACAACUUCCUCUGCGCCCACCCACUGGGCAACCUCAGCGCCUUCAACAACAUCCUCAGCAACCUGGGCUACAUCCUGCUGGGGCUGCUCUUCCUGCUCAUCAUCCUGCAGCGGGAGAUCAACCACAAUCGGGCCCUGGUGCGCAAUGACCUCUACGCCCUGGAAUGUGGGAUUCCAAAGCACUUCGGCCUGUUCUACGCCAUGGGCACCGCUCUGAUGAUGGAGGGCCUGCUCAGCGCUUGCUACCACGUGUGCCCCAACUACACCAAUUUCCAGUUCGACACGUCGUUCAUGUACAUGAUCGCCGGGCUCUGCAUGCUGAAGCUCUACCAGAAGCGGCACCCGGACAUCAACGCGAGCGCCUACAGCGCCUACGCCUGCCUGGCCGUCGUCAUCUUCUUCUCCGUGCUGGGCGUGGUCUUCGGCAGAGAGAACACUGCGUUCUGGAUCGUCUUCUCCGUGAUUCACAUCACCGCCACCCUGCUCCUCAGCAUUCAGCUCUAUUACAUGGGCCGCUGGAAGCUGGACUCGGGCAUCUGCCGGCGCAUCCUCCACGUGCUCUACACGGACUGCAUCCGGCAGUGCAGCGGGCCCCUCUACGUGGACCGCAUGGUGCUGCUGGUUAUGGGCAACAUCAUCAACUGGUCGCUGGCCGCCUACGGGCUCAUCGAGCGCCCCAAUGAUUUCGCCUCCUACUUGCUGGUCAUUGGCAUCUGCAACCUGCUUCUUUAUUUUGCCUUUUACAUUAUUAUGAAGCUUCGGAGCGGGGAGAGGAUCAAGCUCAUCCCCCUGCUCUGCAUCAUCUGCACCUCGGUGGUCUGGGGCUUUGCACUCUUUUUCUUCUUCCAGGGACUCAGCACCUGGCAAAAAACCCCUGCAGAGUCCCGGGAGCACAACCGGGACUGCAUCUUGCUGGACUUCUUUGAUGACCAUGACAUCUGGCACUUCCUGUCCUCCAUUGCCAUGUUUGGGUCAUUCCUGGUGUUGCUCACGCUGGACGAUGACCUGGAUACCGUGCAGCGGGACAAGAUCUACGUCUUCUAGGGGAGCUGGACCCCUUGCUUCUCUCGUGAGGCCCCGAGCCUCAGCCUGCUGCCCAGAGCCUCGCUAGCGCGGGGGUGUGAGUCCGAGCCCCGCUGCCCGGGCUAGGUGUUGGUGGGACAGCAAGAACUAGCCUGGACCAGGCGCGGACAGUCUUGAGGGUGGCCUGAGCCGUGCAGCUGCCCUCUGCUGCGGAGGAGGUCUGCUCCUCUGAAGUCCAGGCUUUGGCCAAACUGCUGCUUUAUUGUCAGUGUUGGGACUGUUGGUUCUCCUUUAUCCCUCCAGCGGAGGAAGGAGGCAAGUAUUGCCCUGCCCCUCUCAUGCCAUGCAUUCUGUCCAUUCGUUCUUCCCUCCCCUCAACCUGGGACCCAAAGCCCGCUUUCCCUCUCAGACUCUAGAGCAUUGGUCUGAGACCUGCUGCUCUCGUGCAGCCGGGCCCUGCUUCUCUUUGGGGCUGUACGUGGCUGCCACCACUGCCCAUGCAGUCACCCAGAUGGUUGGGGCAUAGGUUUCUGGGGGCUGGCCAGCUAGUGCCGGCCUUAUGGUGCUAAGGCCUACAAGGGGCCCUGGGCAGUGCUGUCUGUCCCGCUGACCUGUGCUGGGGCUGGCUCUUUAGCAGUGACAGUUGGCCCACAGUUGAGGGCCUGACUUCUGAGGUCACCUUCCAUCCCUUCGGCCGGACUGGCACCAGGAUGGGAGGGAAAAAGCAACCCGCCCCAUUUCUUCCUUUGUCCCUCCAGGCUUUUAGUCCUGCCAAGCCCCUGCUGGGGGCCUCUCAGUGCCAUUGACACUGCCCAAGAAUGUUCCAGGGCAAAGGAGGGGGAUGCACAGAGCCCAGCCCGCCCUGCCUCCUGUGUGGCUGGCUGCAGGAGCCCCAGUGCCUAACUGAGGAAGGGGCUCACGGAAGGGACAUGACCUCUGCGCUCUGUCCCCAGCCUGGCCUCCCCCUAGGGGUGGCUCUUAUGUCCACCCACGGCUGGGUCUUGUUUCCAUCCAGCCUUCAGCCAAGUUCUGUGUCCGUCCCCCACACACACGUGGCGUUUUCACGAGUGGCCCCGGCCCUGGGCCUCUGGCUGCUCCAGUCCUUGGCCCCUUCGUCUUACCUGGUCCGUUCCCGAUGCCAAGGCUGGGGGGUCAGGUCGGCCUCUGCCUUGGAGAUGGGAAUGUGUUUUGUUCUCCCCCACCUGUUUUUUAGCUCUCUCUGAGGAUGGGGAGAGGAGGUGGUCUGGAUUUCAGAACUCCGUUUAAUGUCUGUUUCCACGCUCUGGUUGCAUUUCUGUUUUCUAUGAAUGAGUCUGCAUUCAAUUAAAGAAACAACCAGACACA